CCGAGGCCGCAGCGCCGGUUCGGAGGCAAAGGGGUUGCGACUGCCUGGAGUGUCCCCCGACCCCCUCGCCGCUCCCUGUGCUGUCCAUCCAUUCUUCGACCCAACCCCCAUUCAAGCUGAGGAGGUACAGAGUCCCCUGCCAACCCCACAGCCCACCCUCAACAGCCAUAUCUAGGUGCUUGCUCAGAACCUGACGGAGACUGAGCAGCCUGAAUGGUGUCAUGUGAUGCUCCACGGGUGUUGCUGCGUGAGUGGACAUGCUUUCAGUGGCGGAGAAUGGACUGGACCCCCGGGCUGCCAUCCCAGUUAUCAAGAAGAAGCUCGUGGGAUCCGUGAAGGCGCUGCAGAAGCAGUAUGUGUCCUUGGACACGGUGGUCACCAGUGAAGACGGCGAUGCCAACACCAUGUGCAGUGCCCUGGAGGCUGUGUUUAUCCACGGCCUGCAUGCCAGGCACAUCCGGGCCGAGGCUGGAGGAAAACGGAAGAAAAGUGCCCACCAGAAGCCUUUGCCUCAGCCUGUCUUCUGGUCCCUCCUAAAAGCCGUCACCCACAAACACAUCAUCUCGGAAUUGGAGCACCUGGUCUUUGUUAGCACGGACGUGGGCCGCUGCCGGGCCUGGCUGCGGCUGGCCCUCAACGACGGCCUGAUGGAAUGCUACCUGAAGCUGCUCCUCCAGGAGCACACCCGGCUGCGCGAGUACUACCAGCCCACGGCCCUGCUUCGAGAUGCUGAGGAGGGCGAGUUCCUCCUCAGCUUCCUGCAGGGACUGACAUCCUUGUCCUUUGACCUCUCCUACAAGUCCGCCAUCUUGAAUGAGUGGACGCUUACCCCACUAGCCCUCUCUGGGCUUUGCCCACUCUCUGAACUUGACCCUCUCACUACCUCUGGCACAGAACUACAGCGGAAGGAGUCUCUGGAUUCAAUUUCCCAUUCCUCAGGCUCAGAGGACAUCGAAGUCCAGCACUCAGGCCAUAAGAUCCGCCGGAACAGGAAGCUCACUGCCUCCUCCCUCAGCCUGGACACAGCAAGUUCGUCCCAGCUGUCUUGCAGCCUAAACUCUGAUAGCUGCCUUCUCCAAGAGAAUGGGUCCAAGAGUCCAGACCGUUCUGAGGAGCCCAUGUCCUACGACUCAGACCUGGGGGCAGCAAAUGCCGAGGAUUCAGACCCAUCUCUGCAAGAGGUGUUAUCGGAGUUCAGCAAAGCCCAGGUAAACUCUGUGCCAACCAGCGGACUGAGCGGAGGAGUAGGGACCCCCACCCAGCCGGACUCGCUGCCCCCCCGCCCCCAGGACACCAGCACACGCCUGCACGUUGCUGCACCUGCAGAGCCCCUCCCUGCCCACGCCUCUGCUGGGGCUCCAGGUGGUGGCCCCCAGCAGGAGCUGCUCUUCCAGGUGCCUGGCGCCCUGGGCUGGAAGCCACUGGGCACGGCCCCAACUGUCCCUUCCAGGAGCACUUCCGGCCAGCAGCCUCCAAGUCCUGUGAGAGACAGCGCCAGGGCAGCCGGCCAGAGGAGUAGCCAGCAGAAGCCCCUGGAAAACGACAACGCUGGCCAGAGCUUUGGGGUUCCUUCGCCCACGAGUCCGAAAAGCAAGAGCUGGAUCUCGGAAGAUGACUUCUAUCGGCCGCCCCGAGAAGAGCCGGCGGAAGGUCCUCCAGAUAACUCUCCGCACUCCUCCAAGGGGACCCCAGAGACAAGGCCUGGUCUCCACAGGCAUCUUUCUCAAGGACCAAGGAAAAGCUACUCCACGGGGGCCUUAGACAAAGCCUGCAUGCCUUCCCCGGGACCCAAGACAAGCCAGGCCGCCGCGACGGCCCAGGAGCACAAGAACUUCCGGGUGGUGCACCGCAGGCAGAUGGGGCUGUCUAACCCCUUCCGGGGUCUCAUGAAGCUGGGCACGGUGGAGCGGCGAGGCCCAGUGGGCAUCUGGAAGGAACUCUUCUGCGAGCUCUCCCCACUGGAGUUCCGCCUCUACCUGAGCGACGGGGAGCGCACCUGCGUGGAGAACUGCUCCCUGCUGCGCUGUGAGUCCGUGGGGCCGGCCCACAGCGAUGGCCGCUUCGAACUGGUGUUCUCGGGCAAGAAGCUGAUGCUGCGAGCCUCCUCGCAGGACGAGGCCGAGGACUGGCUUGACCGGGUGCGGGAGGCCCUGCAGAAGUGCCGGCCCCAGCAGGAGGACGAGUGGGUGAACAUCCAGUACCCGGACCAGCCCGAGGACCCCCCGGCAGCCCCCCAGGGCGGCACCCUCUCCCACUCGGACCUGCUCCCGGAGCCAGAGACCCUCCAGGGCCCGCCGCUCGAGUGGUCCUCUGCACACGUUCCUGAGCCAGACGCUGUUAAGGAGUCGCUUCUGUACCUGUACGCGGACAGGACCUGGGUGCCCUGUAUAUUCUCCCUGUCCUUGGAGUCCCUGAAAUGCUUCCGCCUGAGAAACAAUGAGAAGAUGUUAAGUGACAGCCAUGGAAUCGAGACCAUCCGAGAUAUCCUGCCAGACACGAGCCUAGGGGGCCCUUCCUUCUUCAAGAUCAUCACGGCCAAGGCCAUCCUCAAGCUGCAGGCCGGGAGCGCCGAGGAGGCCGCCCUGUGGCGGGACCUGGUGCGCACGGUCCUCGCAUCCUACCUGGAGACGGCCGAGGAGGCUGUGACGCUCGGCGGGAGUCUGGAUGAGAACUGUCAGGAGGUGCUGAAGUUCGCCACACGGGAGAACGGCUUCCUGCUUCAGUACCUGGUGGCCAUCCCCACAGAGAAAGGCCUCGACUCCCAGGGCUGCUUCUGCGCAGGCUGCUCCCGGCAGAUCGGCUUCUCAUUUGUACGCCCUAAGCUCUGUGCCUUCUCUGGCCUCUAUUACUGUGACAUCUGCCACCAAGACGAUGCCUCAGUGAUUCCAGCCAGGAUCAUCCACAACUGGGACCUCACCAAGCGCCCGAUUUGCCGCCAGGCCCUGAAGUUCCUGACGCAGAUCCGGGCACAGCCCCUCAUCAACCUGCAGCUGGUCAACGCGUCUCUGUACGAGCACGUGGAGCGGAUGCGCCACAUUGAGAGGAGCCGGGAGCAGCUGAAGCUCCUGGGGGACUACCUGGGCCUGUGCCGCAGCGGAGCCCUGAAGGAGCUCAGCAAGAGGCUCAACCACAGGAAUUAUCUCUUGGAAUCUCCCCACAAGUACAGUGUGGCUGACCUCCAGCAGAUCGCAGAGGGAGCGUAUGAAGGAUUCCUCAAGGCCCUGAUCGAAUUCGCCUCCCAGCACGUCUACCACUGCGACCUGUGCACCCAGCGCGGCUUCAUCUGCCAGAUCUGCCACCACAAGGACAUCAUCUUCCCCUUUGAGUUUGACACCACAGUCAGGUGUGGCGAAUGCAAGACCGUCUUCCACCAGAGCUGCCAGGCUGUGGUGAGGAAAGGCUGCCCGCGCUGUGCCCGCCGGCGCAAGUACCAGGAGCAGAACACGCUCACCUAACCCUGGCCCGCGUCCCCCCGAA